AUGUCCGAUCCCAGACUUGUUGAUAUGGAACCCGGCGGAGAGAGCACUCAGUAUGAGUCUAUCCGCGAGUUCACAGUCAGUCCUUCAAAGCAGACUGGACAACUGGGAAGCCACGAAAAACAUACUAUAACCGAACCGACUCCCAGCCUAGGACCUCAUGCCACAGCACCCCACAAUGACGAGGAUUUACAGGCACAGAAGCUGGGCAUGGGAGUAUUCGCUGACCCAAGUAAAGAUAUGACACAUGACGAGGACGAUGCCGCGACGAAAGCCCGCAGACUGCAAGGGUAUGGGCCUGGGUCUGGUGUCGGGGCUUAG